AUGGCAGAGACCUGCGCCAAUCCCAGCUGUACAACCCAAUGCACCAAGCGCUGUGCCGGCUGCAAACAAGCCUCAUACUGCAGCGGCACGUGUCAAAAGAAAGACUGGCCGCAACACAAGACCGCCUGCAAGAGCUCGACCCGUCCCAGCGCCAAAGUCCCGCCGAAGCAAUGCUCCAACCUCGGCUGUGCCGCGCGACCAGACCAACUCACUGUGCCCUGCGCCUGCUGCAACGGCGUUACCUACUGCAGCAGUCUCUGUCAGAAAGAGGACUGGAAGGACCACAGGCCCGCCUGUGUCGACCCCUACCCCGCCUCCGCCAAAGAUGCUGUUGCCAGAACAGUCAUGAUGUACGCCUCAGUGGACGGCGGAGCGCGAUACUCGAAAUGGCUCACUCCGCGCGACGAUCUGAUGUUCAGGACCUCGCCGGUGCCUAUAUCGCAGAAGAUCGGGUUCCCGCUGCUCGUACAGCGUUGCAGCGUGGCGGACGUCAGAGAACCGCUGGAAGACAAUCAGCACGCCACGUGGCUGAUGAUCGAUCCCGUCACGGGGUUCGCACCGGCGGAAUGGCAAGGUCGGGUUGGAAACGUGGUUGUUGCGAGGGCAGACACGGAAGCACUGGACACGGCGACUCUGGCAGCCGUCACGGACUACAUCUCUGAUAUUUUGGACGCGUUUGGGAACGGGGCGGCAGCAGCGCGGAAAUACUACGAUAGAGGCCGGUUGGACAGGUUCAUCGCGAGUCAUUUGAAGAUGCAGCAGGACUUUAAAAAGUUUCAAGAACAGAGCUUUGUGGACGGGGCUGGAGAGAAGGUGCAACUGUGA